GACCUUUGCCCCCACCCCGGCAGACCCAGGCUGGGCAUCCAUCAGCAGGGGUGUGCUGGUGUGUGACGAGUGCUGCAGCGUGCACCGGAGCUUGGGACGCCACAUCUCCAUUGUCAAGCACCUUCGCCACAGCGCCUGGCCUCCCACGCUGCUGCAGAUGGUGCACACGCUGGCCAGCAACGGGGCCAACUCCAUCUGGGAGCACUCUCUGCUGGACCCCGCACAAGUGCAGAGUGGCCGGCGCAAAGCCAACCCCCAAGACAAAGUCCACCCCAUCAAGUCAGAGUUCAUCAGGGCCAAGUACCAGAUGCUGGCGUUUGUGCAUAAGCUUCCCUGCCGGGACGAUGACGGAGUCACCGCCAAAGACCUCAGCAAGCAACUGCACUCAAGCGUGCGGACAGGCAACCUGGAGACAUGUCUGCGCCUGUUAUCCCUGGGCGCCCAGGCCAACUUCUUCCACCCAGAGAAGGGCACCACACCUCUGCACGUGGCUGCCAAGGCAGGGCAGACACUGCAGGCUGAGCUGCUCGUGGUGUAUGGGGCUGACCCUGGCUCCCCCGAUGUUAAUGGCCGCACACCUAUUGACUAUGCCAGGCAGGCGGGGCACCAUGAACUGGCAGAGAGGCUAGUUGAGUGCCAGUACGAGCUCACUGACCGGUUGGCCUUCUACCUCUGUGGACGCAAGCCAGAUCACAAGAAUGGGCAUUACAUCAUCCCACAGAUGGCUGACAGCCUGGACCUGUCCGAGUUGGCCAAAGCUGCCAAGAAGAAGCUGCAGGCGCUCAGCAACCGACUUUUUGAGGAACUCGCUAUGGACGUGUAUGACGAGGUGGAUCGAAGGGAAAAUGAUGCAGUGUGGCUGGCUACCCAAAACCACAGCACCCUGGUGACAGAGCGCAGUGCAGUGCCCUUCCUGCCUGUUAACCCUGAAUACUCAGCCACACGGAAUCAGGGGCGACAGAAGCUGGCCCGCUUUAAUGCCCGAGAGUUUGCCACUUUGAUCAUUGACAUUCUCAGUGAGGCCAAGCGAAGACAGCAGGGCAAGAGCCUGAGCAGCCCCACAGACAACCUUGAGCUAUCUGCACGGAACCAGAGUGACCUCGACGACCAGCACGACUACGACAGCGUGGCCUCUGAUGAGGAUACAGACCAGGAGCCUCUGCGCAGCGCUGGUGCCACUCGGAACAACCGUGCCCGGAGCAUGGACUCCUCUGACCUGUCCGAUGGGGCCGUGACGCUGCAGGAGUACCUGGAGCUGAAGAAGGCCCUGGCCACCUCUGAGGCAAAAGUGCAGCAGCUCAUGAAGGUCAACAGUAGCUUGAGCGAUGAGCUGCGGAGGCUGCAGAGGGAGAUCCACAAGCUGCAGGCGGAAAACCUGCAGCUCCGGCAGCCACCAGGGCCUGUGCCCACACCUCCACUCCCCAGCGAGCGAGCAGAACACACAGCCAUGGGGCCUGGUGGCAGCUCUCACCGCAGGGACCGUCAGGCCUUCUCCAUGUAUGAGCCAGGCUCUGCCCUGAAGCCCUUUGGGGGUCCACCUGGGGACGAGCUCAGCACGAGACUACAGCCUUUCCACAGCACUGAACAGGAGGAUGACACCAUUUAUUCGGUGCACGUUCCUGCCGGCCUUUACCGGAUCCGGAAGGGGGUGUCUGCCUCAGCUGUGCCCUUCACUCCCUCCUCCCCACUGCUGUCAUGCUCCCAGGAAGGAAGCCGCCACCCGAGCAAGCUUUCCCGCCACGGCAGUGGUGCCGACAGCGACUAUGAGAACACACAAAGUGGGGACACACUGCUUGGGCUGGAAGGGAAGAGGUUUCUAGAGCUGGGCAAGGAGGAGGACUUCCACCCAGAGUUGGAAAGCCUGGAUGGAGACCUAGACCCUGGGCUUCCCAGCACAGAGGAUGUUAUCCUGAAGACAGAGCAGGUCACCAAGAACAUACAGGAAUUGUUGCGGGCAGCCCAAGAGUUCAAGCACGACAGCUUUGUGCCCUGCUCAGAGAAGAUCCACGUGGCUGUGACCGAGAUGGCCUCUCUCUUCCCAAAGAGGCCAGUGCUGGAGCCCGUGCGCAGCUCACUGCGGCUGCUCAAUGCCAGCGCCUAUCGGCUGCAGAGCGAGUGCCGGAAGACCGUGCCGCCAGAGCCUGGGGCCCCCGUGGACUUCCAGCUGCUGACUCAGCAGGUGAUCCAGUGCGCCUAUGACAUCGCCAAGGCUGCCAAGCAGCUGGUCACCAUCACCACCCGAGAAAAGAAGCAGUGACCACUCUCCCUACACCAUCACCCGUGCCCUGGGACCUCACUGGCCAUGGGAGCUGGGCCACUCCAGACACUAAUCCCCACCCCAAAAGAGCCACUGGCACAAGUGCCCUUAGUGCUGCCACUCUCCCCUGGCAGCCAGGCGCCCUGGUGCCCACCCCCCCUUAAGUCCCCAAGGAUGGGGAGGUGGGGUGGCCGGAGCUUCUGUCCCCCACAUUCCAUGCACCUCCCCCUGUACAUAGCAUCCCCUCCCUUCCAGCGUGCGGGAGCCUACAAAGCAUCACUCCCAGCCCCUCGCCCUCUGGGGCACCCUCAGCAAAGGGUUGGUGGGGACACUCCAAGCGGGGCAGCUCCCCCUACAUGCACCCCACCCCCAUGAGCCAGUUCAGCCCUAUUGGGGGCUGAGCGGGGGCAUCCCCCUCCUUUGUACAUAUUCUCUGGAUGUCCCUGCCUUGUAGCCACCAGCCCUCUUGCUGCUCUCUCCUUUAAUGCCAAAUGGCCCCUGCCUAGGACAUAGGCCUCAACCUGUGUGCCGGGGUCCCCAGCAGCAAACACUGGAAAAUCUUUUUUUCUCUAUUCUCCCCACCCCUUAAUUUUAACUUUGUGGUAACUGAGUGUUCCUGCGUGCCUGCGUGUGAGUGUGCGGGCGGCAGUGCCGUUCCGGAGGCCUGGUCCAUCUGGAGUUUUGAGGGGUGAGAAGACCAGAGCAGUGUGGGGGGUCAGCCUCCCUCCCCCACCUGGGGCCAGGGACUGCCAGGGUCCCCCACUGUGGUCCUGCCCACUGCCUCUUCUCAUUGCUGCCCCCACUUCUCUAUGAACUUAGAAUGGGAAUCACUCCCCUCCAUCUCUCCCCUCCCUCGUGGAGGGGGAUGUGUGGCUGGCUGGGGUGAGGAUGGAGCACCUGAGCCUGGGGCUGGCUCCCCAGGGUCCCCAACUCAGCUGGUGGCUGUGGAGCUGAAAGCCCCCUCCCCGUAACCUCUGCAAGGCCAGCACCCACCGUCACUCCCUGCACCUGCUGUGGUCCCACCCUCUGCAGGCCCAGGAGCCUGGCUGCAGCCUGGGAAGGCUGGAGAGGCAGACUGCAGCACCUGCAGGCCCUUCUCCCCACUCCACCUCUUCCCCAGGGGGCCAGGCCCUACCUGUGUGGUGGUGGGUGGGCUGUCAGGUGGUGUGUCAUGUACAUUUGUAUCAAAAAUAAAUAAGUGACCAUGU